GAACAUAGGGCAGUGAGGAGAGAAAGAGGGCGGGAGUGGAAGGAGCGCUGAGGCUCAGGGCCGGGGAUGGUGGGAGGAUGGAGGACGUGGUGAAGCAGGGCUUCCUGUACCUUCAGCAGCAGCAGACUUUCGGGAAGAAAUGGCGCCGGUUCGGGGCUGUGCUGUACGGAGGGUCGGGCUGUGCCCUGGCCCGGCUGGAGCUCCAGGAGGGCCCGGAGAAGCCUCGCCGGGGAGAGCCCCCCCGGAGGGUCAUCCGUCUCAGUGACUGCCUGCGGGUGGCCGAGGCUGGUGGGGAGGCCAGCAGCCCCCGGGACACCAGCGCCUUCUUCCUGGAGACCACAGAGCGCCUGUACCUGCUGGCGGCCCCAACCACAGAGCGUGGCGACUGGAUACAGGCCAUCUGCCUCCUGGCCUUCCCGGGCCCGAGGAAGGAGCUGUUAGGCCAGGAGGGAAAGGGCAGCCGGCCCCGCAUGGAGGAGAAUGAACUGUACAGCAGCACGACCACAGCGGUCCCCUGCAAGGAGUUUGCUGUGACCAUGAGGCCUACAGAAGCCAGUGAGAGGUGCCGGCUCUGGGGAUCCUAUACCCUGCGGACUGGGGAGAGCGCCCUGGAGCUGUGGGGUGGUCCUGAGCCAGGCACCCAGCUGUAUGAAUGGCCCUACAGGUUCCUGCGGCGCUUUGGGCGGGACAAGGUAACGUUUUCCUUUGAGGCUGGCCGCCGCUGUGUCUCAGGGGAGGGCAGCUUUGAAUUUGAAACUCGGCAAGGCAAUGAGAUCUUCCUAGCCCUGGAAGAGGCCAUCUCUGCCCAGAAAAACGCCGCCCCUCCUGGGCCCCAAAGCCAGCCCGUCCCGGUCACAGUGUUGCCCCGGCCAGAGAGCCCCUACUCCCGACCCGCCGACUCACUGCCACCACCCUCGCCCACCAUCCCGGUGCCCACCCCGCGGCAACGGGGCCCAGAGGGGGAGUACGCGGUACCCUUCGAUGCAGUGGCACGUAACCUGGGCAAGAGCUUGAGAGGCAUCCUGCCCGGCCCCCGGCAGCUCCCGGUUGACCCUCUGUAUGACAGCAUCGAGGAGCACCCGCCCCUGAGACCCGACCACAUAUACGAUGAACCCGAGGGCGUGGCCUCCCUGUCCUUGUAUGACAGCCCGAAGGAGCCCCGGGGUGAGGCCUGGAAGAGGCAGGCCACAGCUGACAGGGACCGCAGCGGCCUCCAGCAUGUCUACGAGUCAGGGCAGGACUUUUCUGCCUCUGGCUGGCCACAGGGAACGGAGUAUGACAAUGUCGUACUUAAGAAAGGCCCAAAGUGAUGGGAGGGCCGGCGAGUUGUGGACCCUAUGGGAUGCCAGCGCUGAAGCCGCCCUGUGCACACAGGCCAGGGUUAGAGCUGGGGAGAAGGAGCCGGAGGAGUAAGCGGGCAUCCCCUUCCAGCUUCUGCUGGUGACCCCUGCUGGCCGCCGCCUCCCAGGACCCUCUCGCUGCUCCUUCCAGAACCCUAGGCUUGGCUGCCUUCGUCUCUUCUGAGGAGUUGCCCCUCGCAGGGCCUGCCUCGUGAGUCACCAUCCCAAAGCAGGAAGAGUGCCCUGAAGAGACCGACUCUCCUACUCCUUUCUACUUCCUCUUCUCCACUCCCCACCCCCCGAGCCUAAAUGGAACCUCCAGCAUUUAGGGCCGAGGACAAAAAGAUGUGAGCAGAUCGCCCUGGUUCCUUGGCUUGUGCAGGCUGCCUGUCUGCUGACGUCCCCUUCAGAGGACAGCCGUGGCUCCAGGCACUCAGGAGGAUGGCUGCAGCUUUCGGACUUGUUUGUGGCAUUAAACGUUUCUGAAACAUU